GUGGGGCCCGCGGCAGGAUAUUCCUGGGCGGCGAAGGCGGUAUGGAGUGUGUCUGGGGGGAAGGGACGUCACGCUCCUGACUUUCUGCUUCCCGUCUUCCUUUCUUCCCGGCUGGAGCCGUGGCGCGCUCCCCCGGGGAGUUGCCAUCUUGGAAUCCCAUGGCUUUCCCUAGCGGGCUCUGGGGCCCCUGCGUCCACAUGAGCAGAGCAUUCAGCCAGCGCUGUUUCAGCACCACCAGCAGCCUUGGCGCAAUUCAGAAGCUGACGCGGGUGCGUGUGGUAGACAACAGCGCCCUGGGGAACACCCCUUACCAUCGCCCUCCUCGCUGCAUCCACGUCUAUAACAAGAACGGGGUGGGCAAGGUGGGCGACCGGAUCCUGCUGGCCAUCAAGGGGCAGAAGAAAAAGGCGCUUAUCGUGGGGCAUCGCAUGCCUGGCCCCACGAUGACCCCCAGGUUUGACUCCAACAACGUGGUCCUCAUUGAGGACAACGGGAACCCUGUGGGGACCCGAAUCAAGACACCCAUCCCCACCAGCCUCCGGCAGAGGGAAGGCGAGUUUUCCAAGGUGCUGGCCAUCGCGCAGAACUUCGUGUGAGCGGAGCCCAGGCACCGGCCUCGGGGGCUCGUGGAUGGAGCCGUUCUGAGAACUGUGCCUCUGCUGAGAGGGAGCCCGGGAACGGUGUCCUGUGGGAAAAUAAACGCUUCCAUGUA